AUGCGGAUUGCCUCAUCCUAUGAUCCAGGAAACAUAAAACUCUUUAUCGCCCAAACUUGUCUCGUCCUCGCCGGUCCUCCGAUAUACUCAGCAGCCGAAUACAACGUCCUUGGUCGACUCAGGCACUAUACGCCAAUGCACUCACCUAUCAACCCGAGCCGCGUUCUUUACUUCUUCAUCUAUGUGGGUGCAGCAGUUGAAAGUCUGACGGCUGUCGGCACGGUGCGACUCUCAGCGGCGAACGGCGAUAUGGAUCUGCUGAAGAACGGAGAGACCUUUAUCUCCAUCGCUCUCGUGCUCCAGGGUGUUGUGGAGUGCCUGUUCAUGGGCUUUGUUGCUCUAGUGCCCACCAUCUGCAUCAUGCUUUACGGCACCUCGGCGCUGGUCUUGCUGCGCUGCAUCUUCCGUGCCAUCGAAAGCUUCAGCAAUCUCAGCGUCAUAUCUUCGGGGACUUGUGAUGGAACCUGCCAAGCUGUCCUGAGACACGAGUGGUACAUCUACGCAUUCGAAGCGGCACCUAUGGUUCUAUACACAUACUGGCAGAAGCGAUGCCCCACGUGCGAGAAAUGA